AUGCCGCGUAAAGCGAUUGACUCGCGUAUCCCGGCCCUCAUCCGAAAUGGUGUGCAGGAGAAGAAGCGCAGCUUCUUCGUGGUCGUUGGAGACCGGGCGAAAGAUGUGAUCGUUCAUCUUCACUACAUCAUGUCCAGCGUGGAUGUGAAGCAAAACAAGUCCGUCCUGUGGGCUUACAAGAAGGAUCUGCUGGGCUUCACGAGUCACCGGAAGAAGCGCGAGAACAAGAUCAAGAGGGAGGUCAAGCAUGGUAUCCGUGAGCCGAACCAGGAGGAUCCCUUCGAGUUGUUCAUCACCCUGAACCAGAUUCGCUAUGUCUACUACAAGGAAACGGAAAAGAUUCUGGGUAACACCUACGGCAUGUGUAUUCUGCAGGACUUUGAGGCUAUGACCCCCAACUUGCUGGCGCGUACUGUUGAGACCGUCGAGGGUGGUGGUAUGGUUCUGUUGUUGUUGAAGAGCAUGAACAGCUUGAAGCAGCUGUACACCCUUUCCAUGGAUAUUCACUCCCGCUACCGCACCGAGGCCCACGAUGAUGUCGUUGCCCGUUUCAACGAGCGUUUCAUCUUGUCUCUAGGAAGCUGCGAUUCUUGCUUGGUCGUGGACGACGAGUUGAACGUACUGCCCAUCUCCGGCGGCAAGAAUGUCAAGCCCCUCCCUCCUCCCGAAUCCACGGACGAAUCCAGCUCCGGCACUAAGAAGGAAUUGAAGGAAAUCAAGGACAGCCUGGCAGAGUCGCAACCCGUUGGCCCACUGUUGAGCUUGGCUCGCACUGUUGACCAGGCUAAGGCUCUCCUCACUUUUGUCGACGCAAUUGCUGAGAAGACCCUGAAGAGCACGGUUGCGCUUACAGCUGGUCGUGGACGAGGAAAGUCUGCUGCCCUUGGUGUUGCCAUCGCCGCGGCUAUUGCCCAUGGCUACAGCAACAUCUUCAUUACCUCUCCUAGCCCGGAGAACUUGAAGACUCUGUUCGAGUUCGUCUUCAAGGGCUUCGAUGCGCUGGGCUACCUUGACCAUGUCGAUUACACCAUCCUGCAGUCGACCAACCCGGAUUUCAACAAGGCUAUCGUGCGUGUCAAUAUUCACCGCAACCACCGCCAAACUAUUCAGUACAUCCAACCUCAGGAUGCGCAUGUCCUGGGCCAGGCAGAGCUGUUGGUCAUUGAUGAGGCGGCUGCCAUCCCAUUGCCUCUUGUGCGCAAGCUGAUGGGCCCUUACCUUGUGUUCAUGGCCUCUACUAUCAACGGUUAUGAGGGAACUGGUCGUUCCCUCUCCUUGAAGCUGAUCCAGCAGCUUCGCGAGCAGGCCCGUGGUGGUAUCAAGAAUGCCGAUGCCGAUGUUGCCGACCGCAGCACCGGCAAGAUCUCGAAGAAUACCGACAAGAGCCUCGGCGGUCGGUCACUUCGUGAAAUCACCCUCUCUGAGCCCAUCCGUUACGCCCCCGGUGACUCGGUUGAGAAGUGGUUGAACAAGGUCUUGUGUCUCGAUGCCACUUUGCCCAAGUCCCGUAUGAACACUCAAGGUUGCCCUCACCCGUCCAAGUGCCAGCUGCUCCAGGUCAACCGCGACACGCUUUUCUCCUUCCACCCUGUCUCCGAGAAGUUCUUGCAGCAGAUGAUGGCUUUGUACGUCGCCAGCCACUACAAGAACACUCCUAAUGAUCUUCAGCUCAUGAGCGAUGCUCCCGCUCACCAACUCUAUGUGCUCGUUCCGCCCAUUGAUGAAGAGGCCACCAAGCUUCCAGAGCCACUUUGCGUGAUUCAGGUUGCCCUUGAAGGCCGAAUCAGCAGACAAAGUGUCCUCAACAGCCUGAGCCGUGGCCAGCGUGCCGGCGGUGAUCUGAUCCCCUGGCUGGUGUCCCAGCAGUUCCAGGAUGAGGACUUUGCGGGUCUCUCCGGCGCUCGUAUCGUUCGUAUCGCUACGAACCCCGAGUACGUCGGCAUGGGUUACGGUUCCCGUGCCCUGGAGCUUCUUGCCGACUUCUACGAGGGCAAGUUCACCAGCCUUGAUGAGGAGAUGGCUGGCCCUCGGGAGGAGAUGGUCCGUGUCACGGAUGAGGAGCUCGCCAACUCGAGCCUGCUCGAUGACAAUGUCCAUGUCCGGGAUAUCCGCUCCAUGCCUCCGUUGUUCGGCAAGCUGAGCGAGCGUCGCCCUGAUUCUCUGGACUACCUCGGCGUCAGUUACGGUCUGACCCCCUCUCUGCACAAGUUCUGGAAGCGCUCUUCCUUCAACCCAGUAUACCUGCGCCAGACUCCCAACGAAUUGACUGGCGAGCACUCCUGUGUCAUGUUGCGCACUCUGGCUACCGGCGCGACUGAUGCCGCCUGGUUGGGCGCCUUCUCUCGCGACUUCCACCGCCGUUUCCUUGCCCUGCUCUCUUACCAAUUCCGCGAAUUCCCCUCCGUCACUUCCCUGAGCAUCUGCGAGUCCGCCAAUUCUGGCGCUAAGCUGGAUUCCUCGGCCGUUGUUCGCACUCUGAGGAAGGCUGAUCUCGAUGCCGCCUUCUCGCCCUUCGACUUGAAGCGUCUGGACAGCUAUGCCAACAACCUCCUCGACUACCACGUCAUCCUGGAUAUGGUCCCCGCAAUCGCCGAGUACUACUUUGCCAACCGCCUCGGCGGCAAGGUCAGCCUCUCUGGCGUUCAGCAGUCGAUUCUCCUGGCCAUUGGCCUGCAGCGGAAGAGCAUGGACGAUCUGGAGAAGGAGCUGAGCCUUCCUUCAUCUCAGCUUCUUGCCAUGUUCCUUAAGAUCAUGCGUAAGAUUUCGACCCACUUCCGUAGUCUGGUCGAGGGUGCCGUUGCGGACACCAUGCCCGCAGAGCAGAUCCCCGUCUCCGCCCCCUCGGCUGCCCACGAUGACGCCGUGGUCGAGGACCGUUUCAAGCCUCUGGAGACUGGUCUGGAGGAUGAGCUCCGUGAGGGUGGUGAAGAGAUUGACCAGGAGAUGCGCGAGAAGCAGCGUGCUCUGAUUGACGCUCUUCCGCUCGACAAAUACGAAAUUGAUAACGGUGCCGCGUCCUGGGAAGACGCUGAGAAGCAGAUUCGUGCUGGUGGUGCCGCCACCGUUAGCGUGAAGGCGAAGCAGUCCAAGCGCAAGAAGGGCGAAACUGCCCGGGAUAUCUACGACAAGGAGAUUGACUCCAAGCGUCAAAAGAUCAUCAAGAAGGGUACCGAGGGCCGGAAAAAGUAA